UAAAAUUUUUCCUUAGGUUCUCAAAAUGGUGAGGCGUCCCGUUGUGGCGGCAGGAAGGCCCAGUCACAAGUCCCGUCCCCCAGUACCCUGGCGCCCACCCCAGUCCCCAAGGCGGCGGUCUGUUGACACAUCAUGGCUGCGCGGGCCACGGCGCUGGGCCUUCUGGUGUGUUUCGCCGCAUUGGGACUAACUUUUGCACUAUAUGAAGAUCAGAUCGGGAAGUUUGAUUGGUUGCAACAGUAUGUGGGUGUGGUUACUCAUGCUGUGUUUGACGAGUCCAGUGUGCCAGCCCGGAGAAUCAUUGUGGCCACUGCCCAGAAUGUCCUGGCUGCUCUUUCCACAAAAAAUGGGGAGAUAGUGUGGAGGCACAUCUUGGAAUCCUCGGACACAGGCAAGGUUGACCUCUUGGUGAGUGAAGGGCCACAGGUCACCACCAUUGCUGGGAAUUUGCUCCGCAGCUGGGAUGUCAUUUCCGCAGCCCUUGUUGAGGAGAUCCAGCUGGACCAUGCACCGGCAGCAGGAGUCCUACAGCGUGGUGUGAGUCUUGGUGACAGUGAGCUGGUUCUGGUGGAGGUAAUGGUGGGAUCAGUGGCACUCACCACAUUGGACCGCUCUUCAGGGGCCACGCUGGACCAGGAGACACUCGCUGUGCCCUGGCUAACGACAGACACCAGAUGUGCCUGUGGUGACAAGACCUUGGUGUGUGUGGAUGUGUCUGUGGGCCUGCUGUUUGUGCUUCCAUUGACUGCCAACUCCCCAACCUUCAAAUCGCAGCCUCUCACCUCCAUUGGGCUGCAGCAGAGUGAAAAUGCUCCAGAAGUGCAUCUUCAGAGGGUAUCAGGGUCUCCUAGUCACAUGGUUAUUCAGGUUGCAGAAUCAAGGAAGCUCAUUCACUUGCAUGAGGGUGAGCUGCAUUUGGUGAGAGAUCUAAGUGGGAGCAGAGCCUCAGCGAUUGCUGAUGGUGUCCUCUAUACUGUGAUGCAGACUGGGAGGCUAGUGACCAUUGGUGCAGUGGAGAUGGAGUCUGGCGAGGACUUGGGGGAGCAGGGUGUGGUGGUGGAGUUGCCCCUACAGUCUGGUUCUGUCCUCUCCCUGGAUGUGCACCGCUUUGAGCGUCGCGAUGGAGGGAUGGCUCUUCGGGCGUUUGUCACCUGCUCAGACCAUGCCCUGCACCUCAUUAGCAGUGCAGGUGUGGUGUGGUCCAGGGAGGAGGCACUGGCAUCUGUCAUCGCUGCUGAGGCGGUGGAUCUGCCGGUGGACGGGGCCAACAUUAACUACCACGACAAGUUGCCGCCUCUCACAGGCUUGAUUGGGAGCUUGGUGCAUCGCGUGCAGACGCAGUGCUCUCAGAUUAGCCACUGGUUCAAGUCAGUGGUGGGCAGCACAGACUCAUUCCAGGAGUCCCUCAACACCCUAAAGAGAGAUGAACUGAACCUCCGCAAGUUGCUUGUUGUAGCCUCCAGCAGUGGGAAGAUUCUGGGCAUUGACAGUUGGAAUGGAGAUGUGGUAUGGAGUAUAUAUGCCCCCCUGCUGGCACCCCUACAAGGGAACAAGUUGUUGCUCUACUCACAGCGCACCUCAGCUCACUUUCCUCUUCAGCCCCAGUGUGUUGUGGUGGGGAGACACAAGAUAACAGGUGAAGGCCUUCUGGUAUUGUUCAACCCCAUUUCUGGCACAACCAUUGGGGAGAGAGGGGGAGUAGUGCCUCUUGGCUACCACCUCUCCCAAGCCUUCCUUAUGCACUACCCUGACGACCAGUACCUGAAGCCUCUCAUGUUGGUGGACAAGGAGCUGCAUCCUCAUAUGUUCCCAGCCAGUGGGGAGAAGGUGGUCCUGGAGCACAAGGACUCCAUCUUUGUUCAUUUGGCCCAAGCAGGAAGCAGCACCCUCACUGGCUACACCCUCAGGUUCUCCAGGCCAGGGAUGUUGACGCUGAGUGAAGUUUGGACAGUAUCCCUCGGAGGAGGACCUAUCACAGGGGUGCAUGGUAAACUAGUGGCAGAAAAGGUGCAUUCCCCGGGGCGGGUGUUGGCAGACCGCUCAGUGCUGUACAAGUAUGUCAACCCUAACCUGGCGGUGGUCACCACACAGGGCUAUGAUCACAUCAACAAAAAUACAAUGAAUCUGUACCUGAUAGACACAGUGACUGGAGCUGUGAUUGAGUCUGUCUCGCAUAAGAAGGUGUCUGGGCCUCUCCAUAUUGUCCACUCUGAAAAUUGGGUUGUCUACACAUUCUUCAAUGACAAAUACCGUCGUUUUGAAGUAACAUCCUUAGAGUUAUUUGAAGGCUUGAAUCAAGCUAAUGCCACAGCCUUCUCUUCAUUUGGAGGCCGAGCAACUCCCCCAAUCCUUGAGCGGCAAUCCUACAUCAUGCCUGUGGGUGUGCAGGCAGCCACCCACACCACCACAGAGAAGGGCAUCACCACCAAGUUCAUCCUGUUUGCUCUCCAGUCAGGCAAUGUGCUCCAGAUGAACAAGUGGUUCCUGGAUCCACGGCGGCCAGUGACGGGAGGCCCACAGGAGGAGGGACUGAUGCCUUACAUACCAGAACUCCGAAUCUCACCACAUGACAUGAUCACUUACAACCAGACUCUGCCUCGCGUCUCGGCCAUCUACACGGCACCCACUGGACUGGAGUCUGCUUGUGUCGUUCUUGUUUAUGGUUUAGAUUUGUUCUACACGCGAAUGUUCCCAAGCAAGAUGUUUGAUGUGCUGAAGGAUGACUUUGACCAUUAUCUCAUAGGAGGGGCAGUCUUAGCCCUUGCUGUGGCUGCACUCAUAACCAGAAAAUUAGCCCAAAAGAAAGCUCUAAAACAGGCUUGGAAAUAGCAUUCACCCUUGGGUAUUUUUCUUACAAAGGAGGCUCUGUAUUAUAUAUUAUAUCACAUUCAGUCUUAUUGUACCUUUCAAUAGAAUCAAGUAGGAAAUUUUGUUUAGUAAUGGAAAGGUGUACUUUUUAAUUAUUUAAUUUAUUUAAUGAUUUUUUUUACAUCAUCCCCCUGUAGGUAUGUAGCAAGUCUACCAGUUUGACAUAUGGUACAGGGGUCCAAAGUUUCUAACCUAUUUGGCUAGAUCUCUAACACAACUCACAGUAGGCAUGGCAUGGGAUGAUGCUUUCCACAACCAUCCCCUGACAUGUACAAACACCACACUAACAUGCUAGUCAUUCCUCCAAUGAGGAGUGUGAAUUCAUUGUAAAUAUUCAAGGUAUCUGUACAUCUGAAAAGACAUGUGGUUAAUAUUGUUUGUAAUCUAUUGUUUUUGUUGAUGCUGCAGUUGAGUUUUCAGUAGUUGUCCAGAUUCAUUGUUUACUGAAUCAUGGACAUUUUGUUGAUAGAAAUGUAUUUGUAGCUGUACAGUCCCUGACAUCAGUAGCUUUCAUUUGUAAAUCUUCAAGCUACCUAGAAGACAUUUUUCCUUUGACUUUUCAGGAAACUUUUGCAAUUUAGAGAAAGUAUAAUUUGUGGAUUUGAUGUACUUAAAAGUCCAUCAUUGAUUUCAGAGGAUAGUGAGUGGUGAGGUAAGUAGACUCCCUGAAGCUGUGGUUGCUAUGUAAUGCAGUUGAGAGGCUUCUUGUUUCAUGUCUGAAGCAUUGUGCCUCAUGAAAGCUUGAGUGGGGUGCUGUGACAGGAAUGGGGUGUGGUUGUGUACAGUACAUCUUAUGCAAUUUCUUGAUUUUACAGUGCAUAGACAUUGUACACCCUUCAUGGUCUAUAGAAUUUACUGCACACCCUUCCUGGUCUAUAGAAUUUACUAUGUUAAACAGUGCAUAGACGUUGCACACCCUUCAUGGUCUAUAGAAUUUACUAUGUUAAACAGUCUGCAAAUUCUGAGAGUAAUAAUUAAUGAACCACAACCUGUACAGCCCAAUAGCUAUAGAGAAAGGAAUGUUACUUUUGUCUGUGACUGUACCUUUUCAUACACACUAAUUCUAUUCCUAAAUUAUGUUACAGAGAUGAGGUAUCCAAAUAUUUUACUGUCAAGAUUUGUGAGCAUUUUGAGAAGUUUUAUGAAUCAGGAGAGCAGUAAAUAUAAGAUAUCUUCUUGGAUAACUAAGGAGAAUUAUAGAUAUUAAGAUUGUUGUAAAAAAAAACUUUACCUUGUGUUUCAUUGUCAAGAAAUGUGUGAACCCAUACUUGUCUUUUAAUGUUUAUUUUGCUAAAUUCAUGUACCUAUUUGCUAAAUUCAUGUAUCUAUAGUUCACUCAACCUUAGCCCAUUAGUGACAUGUAAUAUAAAUGUAUUGAGUACACCAUAAGUAAGAAAUGUUCUGGUUAGAUCCCUUUUGAACCUUUUAACACAUCCAUGCAUUGUAGUUCAUUCAUUUAAUUACAUAAGAUUUAUGUAGUUUUGUUUUCAUAUUUUUAGAACAAUGCCAUUUCAUGCAUUUGCAUCUACCCUGCCUGGCAUGUGCACCAGUGCCUGUACAUAUACAUACUAGGACUAUGUAGUUAGGAAGGACUAUGUAGUUAGGAGGGAGUAAUGAAAUAUGUCCAGUAAAUCUACGUAGCAUUAUGAAGAAGGUUGGAGUAAAAUUUACUUUUCAGUUCAGAACACUGGUGCCUAUGGAGGAAGAAGCAAGGGAAAAAUGAGGUUCACAUCGGCAAAGAAUGAUAGAUACUUUUAGAAAUAUUUUAGUCAGUUUUUGAAAAUUAUUAUAAGUGCAAUUUUUAAUAUAUAAAUAUUAACAAAUUAGGAAAAGCAAAUUAUUGAAGCAACAUGUUACAUGAUAGCCAUAAUAACAUUGUAAAUAUACUACUAUUUGUAUAUUGAGGUAACAAUGUAUUUUGCUUAUGCAAGAUCAACAAUAAGUAUUUGAUGUACGUAAAUAUUUCCACUUUAUUGUUGAGACAUUGUUGAGACAAUGUCUGUCUGAUAAACCAGUAUCGUUAGGCUGUUUUAGCAGACAAGAACAGUUAAGGCAGAUUUAGGUUACGUAACUAAUGUACAGCAAGAUCAGCUGAGUAGUAGAAGUGCUUGAUUUUCCAUUACAGACAAAGGCAAUGAUGUGCUGGACUCAAGGCUGCAUCAGGUAUAUCCCUCAUGAUGCUAUGACUUUUCUAUGAACCAUAUGGAUGCAGAGCGUUGUGCAUAAUUCCAAUACAGGAUGUAUACAUAGGGUUUAGAGUUUACACAGCCAGCUUAAGUUUAGGAACAGGAUUUAAUUUUCAUUAUUAUGCAUAUCUAGCAUAUUAAACAUGCUACCAAGUAAGGACAAAUGAAGGAUAUAGAAUUUGGAACUGUAGUGUCUUGCAGUCAGAGGAGCUUGAUGCAUUCAUGUGCGAGUGUGGUUGAAUUUUUAAGGUUUUUAAGUGUAUCACUCAUACUUUAAGUCUUGCUGUUUACGACGACGUAUAUAUUUUGUAAACUGUGUCCUAACUUAUUUUCUGUGGAGUCAAGGAACACAAGGGUAAUGUGGGCAUCUCAGGAGCUGUGUUUUGGGAAAGGUGUCAGCUAUCCUGAGUAUGAUUAAAAUUUUGAAGUUAGUGUACAUAAAAUAUAAAGUAUU